AUGGAGCGUCUGUACCGGAUCAUUACGGAGGUCACUCUGAGCUCCCCGCUGCCCCCGCCCUACAACACUCUCUACCGUUUUGAGAACAUGACCGAGGAGCUCAAGCACAUGCUGUCACCUCAGAAAGCCCCUGAAAGGUUGUUGCAGCUGGCCGACUCCAACUUGGGAUCUCUGGUCAUUGAGCUGGACCAGCUUCACAGCCGGGCCACAAAGGUGUCCGCAGACGGGGAGCAGGUGGAGGACGAUGGUGACCGGAUUCACAAACGAGCUCAGGAUCUGGAGCAGUACAUCCGGGACACGCUGUUCGGAGCCACCGAGCUACAUCUAAAAGCCUUGGAGCUCAAUAAGACCUUGUCGCGUAAAGACGGGACUCCGGACAAGAGCCUGAGUCAGAUGAAAGACGAGAUCUCCUCCAUGUUGGACGAGAUGAGAGCGCGGCGACUGGGAGCACAGAGGGGCACUGCAGACCAGGAACUGGAACUGGCGGAGGAGCUGUACCAACGCGUCAAGAGGAUGUUUGGAGUCCCCCAUCAGGCCACAGAGGACCUCAAAACUGAAAUCAAAGAAAAACUGUCAGACCAUGAGAGAAAGCUCCAGGAGGCCCAGGAGCUGCUGAACGAAGCCCAGGGGAAGACCCGCACGGCUGGGGCUUUGGUUCAACAGAACCACGCUAAUCUCACAGCUCUGGAGAGGAAGCGUGAUGGCAUAAGUGUGGUCCAGCAGAUGACUCAGGACGUUUUAGCUGAAGGAGAAAACCUGCUGGAUGAAGCCAACAACCUCUCAGACGACAUAAACAAAGGGCUUGAGGAAUUGGAAGAGAUGCAGACGGAGCUCGGCCCGGUUUACAGAGACCUGGAAGCUAAAGUUUCCCACCUCACAGAGGGGCUCGGUGGAGGUAGGCUGGCAAGCCACGUCACCGAAGCACAAGACUACGCCAAACAGCUCAAUGAGUCUGCUGCUGUUCUGGACAGCAUUUUGGCCGAGGCACGUAAUCUGUCUUUCAACGCCACAGCUGCGUUUAAAGCCUACAGCAAUAUCAAGGCCAAUGUGGACGCAGCAGAGAAGAUGGCCAAAGCUGCCAAACAGGCGGCUGCUGAGGCUCUCUCUUUGCUCUGA